GAUGGAGCUAAAGACGUUUAUGUCUGCCAUCGUUUUCGUGGCGCUAACAUUUCCAGAGAACGUCGCAUGCUCGAAAGGACGGGUCGGACCGAAAGUGACAGAGAAGGUGUUCUUCGAUAUCACGGUUGCGGGCCACGAAGUGGGCAGGAUUGUGAUUGGUCUGUUUGGUGAGGUGGUUCCUCUGACCGUGAAGAACAUUGUGGCCCUGGCAACAGGAGAGAAAGGCUAUGGGUACAAAGGCAGCAAGUUCCACCGUGUGAUUAAAGACUUCAUGAUCCAGGGAGGAGACUUCACAGCAGGGGACGGGACCGGAGGCCAUAGCAUCUAUGGGAACACGUUUGCAGACGAGAACUUCCGUCUGAAGCACCUGGGUGUGGGCUGGGUGUCCAUGGCCAACGCGGGGCCGGACUCCAACGGAUCCCAGUUCUUUAUCACCGCUGCCAGGGCUCCGUGGUUGGACGGCAAGCAUGUGGUCUUCGGCAAGGUGCUGGAAGGCAUGUCUGUAGUUCACACCAUCGAGCUUCAGGACACCAAUGACAGGAACCUGCCCUACACCGAGUGUGUGAUCGUCAACAGCGGGCGGAUCGAGGUGAAGGAGCCGUUCAUCGUGGAGGUGGAGGGAUGGUAACACCAGGACCCCACACACCUAAAGCCUCGAGCACGACCCAGACACACGUACACAAGAGGGGGGGACCCUGUUUCCAUGUGUAGGGGAACUACCUGGACCAUCCCCCAGAGAAUUACAACUUAACACAAAGUAUACAGGGUUCUUAUUUGAAGUAGCUUGUGUACGUGUGUUUGUGCUUUGUGGCUUUCCUUGUGAGGAUUUCAACGGUAGACUGGAUUUACAAUCUCAUGCUGUAGACUUGUCACAAAGCUAAAUUAUUAUGCAGAUUUUGUUUGUGUUAAUUUAUUACCAUAGUAUAUUCACUGCUCUCCAACGGGUGAAUACUAACUAAAUGAAACCAUGCACUUUUGGUACGACUGACACGAGACAUUUUAACUUCCUUCAUGAAUUGCCAAAAUGAUCGGACUACAGCUUGCCAAACUAUCACUAUGCCAUUUGCACUACUGUUCAGACAGCACUUUUAUUAACUAAUUGAAACUUAUUUAACACUGUCGCUGUGAGUUGACACAUAUGCAAUACUGUUUUACAUAUCAAGCCGAAUGGUUUGUGACCAGGACCAAUUUAUAGGUUGUCCAGUGUUUCUGAAAUGGCAAAAUGUAAUAAUAAUCUAAUUUCUUUGAUCAAAUGUCUUAUAGUUUGUUGAAAAAAACACAAAAUCACACACGAUUAAUGAAAUAUUGUGAAAGUUUUGUCUUAUCCUUUGGGGAAUAGAGUAGCAGUAACUAGAGAUAAAAUGGACUUGUGAUACCAGCAGUUCCAAACUGUUGGUGAAUGAGUCUUUAAUUUAACGAUGUCUAACUACAACCAGUCAUCCUACAGCCGUAACAUGGCCCCAUUCUAACCCCUAAACCUAACCCACAACUCUACAACCUCCACCUAACCCCAUCCUAACCCCUAAACCUAACCCACAACUCUACAACCUCCACCUAACCCCAUCCUAACCCCUAAACCUAACCCACAACUCUACAACCUCCACCUAACCCCAUCCAUAACCCCAAACCAUCUUCCUAUAAUCCUACCCUAGCCCCAUCCUAACCAUAACUCAACUCACCCCAUCCUAACCAUAACUCCUAAUCUAGCCCCAUCCUAACAUCAUUCAAUGAUGUUCAAAAUCAGCAUAUCCUAACUAUCUGUUACACUGACUGUAGAGACUGAACCAACAUAUCCUUUAUAUCAGCUUCCUUAUUUGCAAUGCAGUAGCAAUGAAAGUGUCAUCAAGUGUAUUUUCUACAAUAAAAAGACAUUGCAAGACUUUGUUUUUUUCUCAUUUUUCCAUUAAAAAAAAUUCUAUAUUUUUUAUUGCCAACAUAAUGAACUGGCAUGUGUAAGCAAUGGUAAACCAAAGAAUGAACUGGCAUGUGUAAGCAAUGGUAAACCAAAGCUUGUGUUGACAGGUGAUUUAGGUACAUGGACAGGAUCUAGGGCUCUCUCUCUGUCGGUCCACUCUCACUCUCACUCUCACUCUCACUCUCAC